AUGAAACGUCCAUCUUGGCUCCUGACCGCUGACCGCUAUCCUCUUCAGCAAGCACCAUCCUUUAUUUCGACUCCUUCAAGUCCAUUGUAUCCAGUGGAAAAUGACAACAUCACCCUUCAGUGGACAUACACUCUUGAUGGUACUCCUCUGGAUGAUGUAGAAGUACUUUUCACCCCUGAUUCUCCCUCGCUUUCUAUACAAAGAGUUGCGAGGUAUAGGAGUGGAGGCACAACUCAGGUGGCUAGUGAGGUCCGGGAUCGAUUCGUUUUUAAUUUAACAGUUAAUGAAUCAACAAUGAUAAUCCAUCACUCUCAAAGAUCAGACAGCGGAACAUAUGAAUUGAGAGUGAGCCCUGACGACCUGAACUCAGCUUCCAUUACAGACGAAGUCAAGAUUUCAGUGAAAUAUGCAGCAAAGAUCAACUACACCUCUGGUAAUCAGACCCUGAAUGAAAGUGGCACAUUUAAUCUAAGAUGUGUGGCUGAUGGUAAUCCAACUCCAAAUAUCACCUGGACAAGAGUGUCUAACAACAAACCUGUGUCCGUCCCUCUCAUUAUCAGUGGUAAACAAGAUGAAGGAGGCUACAGGUGCACUGCCAGUAAUGAUGUUGGAAGCCCUGAUAGCAGGAUUGUGUAUGUUUUUGUGCAGAAUUACCACCCGGUAAACACCAUUGUGACAACCAAUCUCACUGAAAACACUGUUCUUGUGAAUGAAACCUUCAGUAUCACCUGCAGUGCACAGGCCAACCCACCUGCAAAGUAUCGAUUCUACAAAGGUGAUAAGUAUGUCAAUGCUGCAGACAACAAUGCAGUGAUUGCAACUUCAGUUAGUGAAAGAGUAAAGAUGGUGAACUACAACUGCAUCCCGUUCAAUUUUUAUGGUAAUGGCACCCAAAAGGCAACAGCUGUGACAGUGCACUGUAAGUAUUUGAUUGUAUGA